GGUAUUUUGCGGCCGCAGCGCUGGCGGUGCUUUCAGUUACGUUUCGACGGCCAACGCGUCGAGUGCUCUGCUUGCUGAGAGAAAACAAAGAAAAUAGAGACAGUAGAAGUGGUUCCUCUUCUUACUCGCAUUCUCUCGCGCUCUCUUCACCGUCUGUGUUAACGGUCGUGGCGCGUCGUGUGCGUGUGUGUUAGUGUGCCAGUUAAACAAUGAGAAAUUGAUUCACACACCAAAACAGCCAGCAAAAACACCAGACGAACAGUGUUAAUCAAAAUACAAUAAUUUGUGCAAUCACGAGCAACGAAAACAAACUGAAAUUUUUUAAACAUUUUUUUCGUGUGCAACCGUAAACAAACCAAAGAAGUUAAAACGAGAACAUUUUGCGAGCGGAAAACCUAGAAAACAACUACAACUGCAACAACCAGCGAUAAAAAUGGGUGAACUGCCGCUAAAUUCAGUCGGCGUCAUUUUGGCGCUGUUCUUCCUCUGCAGCUGCUCUUUAAUAGAUCUGACCCGUGCGCAGUCUCCCAUCCUGGAGAUUUAUCCCAAACAAGAAGUCCAGCGCAAGCCAGUGGGCAAACCCCUGAUCCUCACCUGCCGACCCACAGUUCCCGAGCAGUCCCUGGUCGCCGAUCUGCAAUGGAAGGACAACCGGAACAACACCAUUCUGCCCAAGCCGAAUGGACGCAACCAGCCGCCGAUGUACACGGAAACGCUGCCCGGUGAAAGUUUGGCCCUGAUGAUUACGUCGCUCUCGGUGGAAAUGGGCGGCAAGUACUACUGCACCGCCUCCUAUGCAAAUACGGAGAUCCUCGAGAAGGGCGUCACAAUUAAAACUUACGUGGCCAUUACCUGGACAAAUGCCCCGGAGAAUCAGUACCCCACUCUUGGCCAAGACUAUGUGGUAAUGUGCGAGGUUAAAGCCGAUCCGAAUCCCACAAUUGACUGGCUGCGCAACGGAGACCCGAUCCGCACGACCAACGACAAGUAUGUGGUGCAGACCAAUGGCCUGCUCAUCCGAAAUGUCCAGGAAAGUGACGAAGGUAUCUACACGUGCCGUGCGGCCGUCAUCGAAACUGGUGAGCUAUUGGAACGCACCAUUCGCGUGGAGGUCUUCAUUCAGCCGGUGAUCGUGUCGCUGCCCACCAAUCUGGAGGCCGUCGAGGGCAAACCCUUUGCAGCCAACUGCACAGCCACAGGCAAGCCAGUUCCGGAGAUUAGCUGGAUUCGCGAUGCCACACAACUGAACGUGGCGACCGCCGAUCGCUUCCAAGUGAAUCCCCAAACUGGCCUGGUUACCAUUAGCUCCGUUAGCCAGGAGGAUUACGGCACAUACACAUGCUUGGCUAAGAAUAAGGCCGGCGUAGUGGAUCAGAAGACCAAGCUGAAUGUUUUGGUGCGUCCCCAGAUCUAUGAGUUGUACAAUGUGACCGGGGCCAGGACCAAGGAGAUUGCCAUAACCUGCCGUGCCAAGGGACGUCCGGCACCGGCGAUUACCUUCCGUCGUUGGGGAACCCAGGAGGAGUACACAAACGGGCAGCAGGAUGACGAUCCCCGCAUCAUUUUGGAGCCAAAUUUCGAUGAGGAACGCGGCGAGAGCACCGGCACCCUUCGCAUCGCCAAUGCCGAGCGUUCCGACGAUGGUCUUUACCAGUGUAUUGCCCGGAACAAGGGAGCCGAUGCCUACAAGACCGGACACAUUACCGUUGAAUUUGCUCCGGACUUUAGCCACAUGAAGGAUCUGCCGCCGGUUUUCUCGUGGGAGCAGCGCAAGGCGAACCUCAGCUGCCUGGCCAUGGGCAUCCCGAAUGCCACAAUCGAAUGGCACUGGAAUGGUCGCAAGAUCAAGGAUCUGUACGACACCAAUUUGAAGAUUGUUGGCUCUGGACCCCGCAGCGAUUUGAUUGUGCAUCCGGUAACGAGGCAGUAUUACUCAGGAUACAAGUGCAUUGCGACCAACAUCCAUGGAACCGCCGAGCAUGAUAUGCAACUGAAGGAGGCACGUGUGCCUGAUUUUGUGUCCGAAGCACGGCCCAGUCAACUGACCGCCACCACAAUGACCUUUGAAAUUCGCGGUCCAUCAACCGAACUGGGCCUGCCCAUACUGGCGUACAGUGUGCAGUACAAGGAGGCCCUAAAUCCGGACUGGUCAACGGCCUACAACCGCAGCUGGUCACCCGAUUCGCCGUACAUUGUUGAGGGACUGCGACCACAGACGGAGUACAGCUUCCGAUUCGCCGCCCGCAACCAGGUGGGAUUGGGAAAUUGGGGCGUCAAUCAGCAGCAGUCGACACCACGUCGAUCGGCUCCCGAGGAGCCCAAGCCACUGCAUAAUCCCGUCCAGCACGACAAAGAGGAACCGGUGGUCGUGUCGCCCUAUUCCGAUCAUUUUGAGCUGCGCUGGGGCGUGCCCGCCGACAAUGGAGAGCCUAUUGAUAAAUACCAGAUCAAAUACUGUCCGGGCGUUAAGAUCAGCGGCACCUGGACGGAACUGGAGAACUCCUGCAACACCGUUGAGGUGAUGGAGACCACAUCCUUCGAGAUGACCCAGCUGGUGGGCAACACCUACUAUCGCAUCGAAUUGAAGGCGCACAACGCCAUCGGCUAUUCCUCUCCUGCUUCCAUUAUCAUGAAGACGACACGAGGAAUUGACGUCAUCCAGGUGGCUGAGCGACAGGUCUUCUCCUCGGCGGCCAUCGUAGGCAUCGCACUCGGCGGAGUCCUCCUCCUCCUGUUCGUGGUCGACCUCCUCUGCUGCAUCACCGUCCACAUGGGCGUCAUGGCCACCAUGUGCCGCAAGGCCAAGCGAUCGCCCUCUGAGAUCGACGACGAGGCCAAGCUGGGCAGUCUUUACGGUUGGCGUUUUCCGCUACCUUAUUGCAGUGGCCAGCUGGUAAAGGAGCCACCGCCGUCGCCGUUGCCACUGCCGCCGCCCGUCAAACUGGGCGGUUCGCCCAUGAGCACGCCAUUGGACGAAAAGGAGCCGCUACGCACGCCAACAGGCAGCAUCAAACAGAACUCGACCAUCGAGUUCGACGGUCGAUUUGUGCACUCACGCAGUGGCGAGAUAAUCGGAAAGAAUUCGGCGGUGUAAGGAGGGUAUCCACAGCGCCUGGUAUCCACAGCUCCAGAGUCCGAGUAAUGUGCACAAAACAGAGGAAAAAGAGGCGGGAA